AUCGACGAAUGCGCCAAGAGCUCUGCCUGUGCACAUACUUGUAAAAACACAGUGGGCAGCUUUAUGUGCUCAUGUAGACCGGGGUAUACCAAGGACAGCAAAGACCCCACCAAAUGUGUUGACCUUAACGAGUGUACCAGUUCCAAAACUCCUGUAUGUGAACACAACUGUACCAACACAGAUGGCAGCUUUAAAUGUACCUGUAAGCCAGGGUACGCCGUCGACAGUAAAGACCCUAAGAAAUGUGUUGACAUCGAUGAAUGCACCAGUUCUAAAAGUCCCGUGUGUGAACAGAUCUGCACCAACACAGUGGGCAACUUUACAUGUUCCUGUAAGCAUGGAUUCGUUGCCAACAGUAAAAACCCUACCAAAUGUGAUGCCAGGAAUGAUUGUUCAUCAAGCCCAUGUGCCCACAACUGUACGGAUACUGAAGGGGGUUUUGUUUGUUCCUGCGCUAAAGGUUUUGUUGUCAACUCUAAGGAUGUGACUAAGUGUGACGAAAUUGUGCCAUGUAAGACUCUGGCAGAUAUCAUCUUUGCUAUGGAUGCUUCAGGCAGUAUUGGACUAGACAACUACAACAUACAGCUGGAGUAUGCGUCCCGUCUUGUUUCACAGUUCAACAUUAGCAAAGAAGCGGCUCAGUUUGGUGCCGUUGUCUUUAGCACGGAUGUACAGGAGUUGUUUGAUUUGAACAAGUACAACAAUCUCAAGUCUAUUCAACAAGCGCUUCUAGCUGCCCCUUACCCAGGGGAGACAACCAUGCUGAACCUGGCCCUAGAACACAUUGAAGAAGAUAAAAUGUUCGAUGUUAAAUCUGGUGGCAGACCUGACUCUGUCAAGACAGUCCUCAUACUGACGGAUGGCAAAUCCACAGAUCCAGUCAAAACUGAGGCGGCCGUAAAGGUGCUGAAGAGCCACCACAUCAAGAUCAUUUGUGUGGGUAUCGGGGACGCUGUGUCAGACAGCGAGCUGAGUAAAAUUGCCACCACCCCUGAUGACGUGUACAAGGCUGAAAACUUUGAGAGUUUGGGCUAUGUACAGGAAAAGAUCGCCAAGAGCCUCUGCUAGACAAGUUUUAUUUAACGAUGAUGCGUAGUUUAGGAA